CUCGUCGGUUUCGCGCUGUCUUCCUUACGUCGCCACGCGUUUCAUGGCCGUCGCAAUUGCAGUUUUGUAACAAUAAUCGCAGAGAUUAUUUAUUGUCGCACGUCGAGAGAAUUGGGAACGCGAGCGCGUCGCAGAACGGUGACGUUUCUUUGUUUUUUUUUUUUGUUCCCCCCCGUUCGCGAGUACGAGAGACGUUUGACGAGAGAACGAAACGAGAAAGAGAGAGAGAGAGACAGGUGGAACAAAAGGGGGGGGAACUUACCCGUGUGCGCGCCGUAACAAGGGGAGAGGAGAAAAGGGAAUGAGCGAUUACGGAGACUCGACGACGGUUGUUCCGAUGCGGCCUCAUUAAGAAACGAUCAACGCACGCGGUUGUGCGCGAACGUGCGCAGAAACGUGGUACGAAUUUCACGUCGCGGUCCUCCGUCCGAGGCGAGGUGGUGUUCAUCGUUCACCGGACGCAAAAGUGUUUUUUUUUUUCCCGCUGAUCAUUGUCAUACGUCGCGCGCGAGUGAUUAUCUGCAACACGUCGUGGUGAACGUCGUCGCGCACAAGUGCGCGAUCGUGGCGGUGCACGAGGAGGUGACAAGGCGGAAAAAAAAGAGAAAAUAACGAAUCGCGCGACUCCGCGCGAAGAGAGAAGGAUCGAGACGCGCUCGGGUUUCGCGUGCGAAUGCGCUCGUUCCCGCGAUCAUGAAUAAGGACGAGUACGAGAGUCUGCCGACCAACUCCGUGGCCGUGCACAUGACGGCCGGCGCCGUGGCCGGGAUCAUGGAGCACUGCGUUAUGUAUCCGUUUGACAGUGUCAAGACAAGAAUGCAGGCGUUAACUCCUGGCCCGGGAGGAGGAGGAGGAAUAGGAGAGAUAUUGUACAGAAUGAUACGACAAGAAGGUGUAUUAAGGCCAAUUAGGGGUGUGAGUGCGGUUGUUGCCGGAGCCGGACCUGCGCAUGCUUUAUAUUUUUCCUGUUACGAAUGUCUUAAGGAGAAAUUUAAAAGUCCAAGGUCGCAAUUCAAUCAUCUUGUCUACGGAGCAGCCGGUUGCGUGGCAACGAUCCUACACGAUGGUGUUAUGAAUCCAGCGGAAGUGGUUAAACAGCGAUUGCAAAUGUACAACUCUCCUUAUAGAAACGUAUUGAAUUGUAUAAAGAACGUGUACCAGAAAGAAGGGAUAUUCGCGUUCUACAGGAGCUACACAACUCAAUUGGCCAUGAAUGUGCCUUUUCAAAGUAUUCAUUUCAUCUCCUACGAAUUCGUACACUCCGUCACUAACCCGGAGAAUCUCUACAAUCCGGUAGCACAUAUCAUAUCUGGUGCGACAGCAGGUGGCAUCGCAGCUGCAGCGACAACGCCUCUGGACGUGUGCAAAACCGUGCUGAACACGCAGCAAGAUGGCGUACACGCGCAAGGCAUGAUAGAUGCGUUCAGACAGGUUUACAGGUUCGGCGGUAUACAGGGAUACUUCCGCGGAUUGCGCGCACGUGUUCUAUUCCAAGCGCCAGCUACUGCCAUUUGUUGGGUGAUAUACGAGUCGUUCAAAUAUAUGUUGCGCGGCAAGCAGGACGAUGAACAUCGUGACUUUGAAGCGGAGAGCGCGAUCACCGGAAUCAAUCAGAACUCGAUGUCCGCCUCGAGAUCCAACAGUUUUCAGGGCGCAGGUCUGUACUUCAACAACCACGCCUCGUCACCCGUGUUACUUAAGGUGACUACGAGUUAGGUUGCGCAGUGAGGUCGCAAUAAUGGCGAUUGUUUGUUACGAAAGAGAAAGAGAAAGAAAGAGAGAGAGUGAGAGAAAGAGAGAAAGAAGAAAAAAGAAAGUGUUGCUUAUAGAAAUAUAUUGGUCUCUUUCUUCACGAGAAUUUAUCGAUAAUGAAACUUCUCUUCAUUCAUCUACAUCACAACGGCAUUUUUAUGUACAUACAUGUAUAAACUUUCGAAAAAAAAAAAAAAACAAACAAAAAUUGAUGCUAAAGAAAGACAAUAUUGAGUACGUGACACAGAUUUUUGUGAUUAAAUUGAUACAAUUAUAUAAUUGUUAUAAUUAUUGAUACAAUAAUUAUCAACAAAUUCUUUGAUCAUCAGCACAAAACUGCUUUACACAGCGACGUUAAAAUAAUACCAGUUAUUUUGUUUUUUUACUUUUUAAUUAUACUGCGAGUGAAAACGUCGUUGAGAGUUUAAAAUGCAAUCUCUUCGAGAGAAAAAAACGACUAAUUUUUUACGCUUUAUUAUUAGCGCGUCUCGCGCGCUUCGAGUAGAUUGUAUUUUUGGCCGUGUAUCCAGAAAUAACAUGUCAAAACACCACUACUUUAUUACUUACUUUAAGAAAUUAAAAACGGAAAUAUGACGAAUUAGCAGUGUUGAAAUCUGAAGUCACUUAUAAAUUUCGAUUGUGAGCAAAGUUGCGACGUGGCAAAUAUGAGAAUUGAAAAAUUGUGACAUUUGUUUUUACGGUGUCUCAUUCUUCGUUCGCGACUCUAUGCCGGCUGCCGUCGAGAUAAACAAUUAAAAACAUAACGCUAUUGUCUAUUAUACUGUUCAUAUGGAGUAUACAAAUGUGAUGUUUCAAUUCGAUACGUGUAUACAUACGUCGCUUUGAAAUAUUUAUUGCACAAAUGUAUGUACUUUUUUUUUAAUGUAGAUUUUUAGUUUCUUAUUUACCGCAUCUGAACUUUAUGAUCAAUUUAUUAUUAAAAUCCCACUUUUAAACGUUGAAAGAUUGCAGCGUAGUCACCGACUAAUUUGUAUAUAUUUAUAAAAAAUUUAUUUUAUCGAUUUGUUAGACGAUGCGUUGUGGCAAUACUUCCACAAAAAAUUGCGUCAGGCGAAAUUUAUAAUGUGGGAAUAAACGACCGCUGUUUGUUCGACAUGCUUCUAGCAUUCCUUAAUUAGUAGAAAUUGGUUGUUUAAAAGAGACUAAGGAACAAAAAGAGAUCCGAACGACUCCACUUGAAUAGUGAAAAUAGAUAUAUAGAAACGCAAAUAGCACUCGUCAUCAGAUUGCAGCCCACUCCAUCGUUUUACCGUUAGAUGAGUUAGGAAAAACAGUGGGAUGCAUGCAGGAAUUUUAUCAAUAACAAAAUGAAAAAAAACUACACUUUACAUAGAGCAUGAUAACAAAUGCAUAACCGCGACACACACACGCACACACACACACACACACACACACAUAUAUAUAUAUGUACAUGAAAUAACAAUUUAAAAAAAAUUCGCAAACUUAGACUAUUUGUAACAUGUUAUUCAAGCAUAACUUUGUAUUGGGACUAGAGGUGUGCGAGAACACGAAUCGGAGUGCUAUAAAAUCGAUAUGUGACACACGAAAUUGGCCACUUGAAAAUCUAGAGAAAACAAAAUCACGUUGUAAAAUAAUAUUAUUUUAUAGAAAACUGUAGAUAUAAAAAAAAAGUAAAAUAUUAUAUAUGUACAGUAUAAAAAAAAGGAAACAAAGUGGAUAAAAAAAAAGAAAAAAAAACAACGUAGGAGAAACGAAACUAUUAUUUGUACGAUUUCUCUUGAUUACUCAAGUACAAAUGGUAAAAUGCUCUUUAGUCACUUUGUAAUAUAUAAAUAUAAACUAAAAACCCAUGUAUUUCUAAACCGUAUAUACAACGUCAUACCACAAUAUUGCUUCCUAUGGCUGUGAUUACUGGGUCAUUUGAUGUUGACUCUAAGAGGGAGUAAUAUCAUAUAAAACUCAUAUUUCACGCCAUAUUUAUUUAUUGUUACAAUUUUGUAAUACCAUACGUCGUCGACUGGAUGCAGUCCAAUUCGAUGUUGUUGGAGCACAGUAUUCAUAUAUGAAAAAAAAAAAAAGAAA